AUGCCGACCCGUGAUGCUCGCCCGAAAGCGCCCUCUGCCGAAUACAAGGCCAUUGCAGCUCAAUUCGCCCGAGCGAAAAGGUUGAAAGAGCUCGAGGAAGCUCAGAAGCGGGACAAUUCCGCCUCCUCCGGAAAGGCGCGCGACAAGGAAGCCGAGAAACAACGUCUUGCCCUCGAGGCUCGACGCAAGGCCGCCUAUGGAAGCCGCUUCAAUUGGACGUUGAGCUUCUGGGUGUGGAUGCUCUGCAUCCAUGCAGUUGGCAUAUACCUGUUCACAAGCGGGUUCCUCUUGGCUCGGCUGGUCCUCGAGGAGCAAUCAGAGUGCGCCACGCCCCCCGUCGAGCCCCUGAGCAAAUGGAAUGGUCAAGGCACGGUGGAAGGAGGCUGUUGGCACCCCAAGUCAUUUGACAAGGCUGUCGUUGUCGUAAUAGAUGCCCUCAAGUAUGACUUCACUGUCCCUGUGGAGGAUAGCAAGGCCGAAGUCUACCACAACGCCUUCCCCUUCCUUUAUGAGACCUCCAAGAAGUCGCCCAAUAAUGCCGUCUUGCUUCCUUUCAUUGCCGAUCCGCCAACAGCCACCUUGCAAAGACUCAAGGGGCUCACAACCGGGACGUUGCCCACAUUCAUUGAUAUCGGUAGCAGCUUUGGCGGAACUGCAAUCGAAGAGGACAACAUUCUGAAGCAGCUCCGGGGACUCGGCAAGAAAAUCGCCCAUCUCGGUGAUGACACAUGGACUGCCUUGUUUCCUGGAUAUUUUGAGUCAAAUAUUAGCCGAGCAUAUGACAGCUUCAAUGUCUGGGACUUGCAUACCGUCGACAAUGGUGUCCUCGAGCAUAUUUUCCCGCUCUUGCAAUCGGAUAAAAAGGGCGAGUGGGAUGUGCUGAUUGGUCAUCUCCUCGGAGUCGACCACGCCGGCCAUCGAUAUGGCCCUAGCCAUGCUGCCAUGACUGCAAAGCUCCAGCAGAUGGACAUGUUUGUGCGGGACCUCGUGCAUAAUAUUGACGAUGAUACCCUCCUCGUAGUAAUGGGAGAUCAUGGCAUGGACGGAAAGGGUGACCACGGCGGAGAAAGCGACGAUGAAGUUGAGGCUGCCUUGUGGAUGUAUUCAAAAAGACCGGUAUUUGGUCGAACAAAGCCCGAGUAUGUGACGCCUCCGGCAACGGCCAAAAUCCGCCCAGUCAAUCAAAUCGACCUCGUUCCCACCUUGUCUCUAUUGCUAGGCAUUCCCAUUCCCUUCAACAACCUGGGUCGGCCAAUAGAAGAGGCAUUUGCUGGACAAAAAGGUAACUCGUGGAGUAACCUGGCCGCGGUCACGAGACUGGCCUCGGCUGGCAUUAAAAGAUAUCAGGCUUCUUACUUUGCUGCUCGUGGUAUCGAGCAGAGUACCCAGACAGGAAGCCCUGCUGAACUUUGGGAGACGGCCAACGCCAGUGCCCAAAAAGGCCACAAGGUCGCCGAGGCGACCUACGCUUCGUUUGUGCAGUUUCAAGAGGAAACGUUGAGACUAUGCAAAGACCUGUGGGCCCGCUUCGACGUUCCCAGAAUGAUCAUGGGCAUUGCGGUCAUGGCUCUCGGCGUCGUAGCUCUCCUCGUAUAUGUCUCCAGGGACGACGAUGAAGAGUUUGCUGUUCUCGACGAUAUGGAGCUUGAUUUUGCCGAAAAGAGUCUGGAGCUGCUGAACGAGCAAAAUGGCUCGACUACGCCUUCUUAUGAAAACCUCGAGAAAAGUCUCAUCAAGUUGGGUUCCCUUGGCGCUCUACUCGGGACGGGCUCAGGAGUCGGAUACGUUUUGGUUACGGGCUCGCAAGAUUGGCCCAUCGCAGCUGCUGGCGCCGCUUGUGGCAGCAUUGUUGCAGUCAUCAUUUCGCUAUUUGGACUUGGUAAGAGCAUAGUCAACAUCUUUCCAACCACAUUCUGGGGCUGGCUUUCUAUCAUUUUCACAGCCAGCCAAUCGAUCGGAUUCGCGGCAAAUUCUUACACCAUUUGGGAAGACUCAAUCUCUCUCUUCUUCCUGUCUACCUUUGGCCUGGCGUCUGCAGUCGCUGCCCUCCGGCGCCCUACGAUUGUGGAAAGAUCAUUGGGUAUCUACCACUCUGUCAUCUUUGUUCUUCUCGGACGUCUUGCCUCGUUCUCAAAACUUUGCCGAGAAGAACAAAUGCCAUACUGCACAUCAACCUAUUAUGCAUCUGCUAAUUCUUCCACUCCUGCGCCGUGGCAACUGAUCGUGCCAUAUGCCGUGCUCCUCAUUCUACCAACCGUGGUAAAGGGGUAUCUUGUCCCGUCACGUUCUUUCGAAGGCCUUGCACCCGUCUGGGUCAAUUUUGUGUUCCGCGGUGGCCUCUUCUUUGCCGCGGCGUACUGGUCAUUGGAUGCUGCUAAUAACGCCCAAUGGUUCCCCCUUGUUACCGAGGAGACCUUCAAGACAAGUCAAGUUCUAGUGGCUCAGACUGCGCUGGCAAUCGCUUUUAUAGCCGGCACAACGGCAUUUAUUUGGGCACCUCCUUGUGUCUCUAUCAUCACGACAGCCGCCAGCAACGCACGCCGCGCCCAGGUUACGGUGUUGGGAUACGGCAAUGCCAAUGGCGCACGCUACUUGCUCCUGGUCCUCAACUUUGCAGCAGCAUGCAUCUUGCUCUCCAAGCCUAUGGGAGCUGGCGCACUGGCUCUGAUGUUGUGGCAAAUACUAUCCUUGAUUGAGAUCAUUGACUUGAACGCAAUGAGCUCUGAGACCAUUGGUCCAACUACGCUUGCUCUGCUUGGAAACUUUCAUUACUUCAAGACUGGCCACCAGGCUGCCUUGUCUUCCCUUCAGUGGGACAGUGCAUUUAUCCCACUCAAGACGGUGCGGUAUCCUUGGUCGCCCAUCGUGGUGGCUCUGAACACUUAUGCCGGCCAGAUCCUCGCUUGUGUUGCUGUACCACUGCUUGUGCUAUGGAAGACAAAUCCCAAACGCAAGGCGGUUCUUGAGAGCACCACGAGGGCUUUGGGUGUCUUUGUUGCAUAUUAUGCUGUACAAAGUCUGGCAACCAUGGCUUGGGCGGGCCACCUGCGACGUCACUUGAUGCUCUAUCGAGUCUUUAGCCCGAGAUUCAUGAUGGCUGCUUCACUGCUCCUCGUGAUCGAUCUGGUGGGCAUUGCGGUGACAAUGACUGGCGUGAGGACCAACACUCUGGCUAUCAGCGAGGUCUUUGGCUGGGCAGAAUAG